UGAUGUUAUUUUGUAUUGUCUGCAACUGACCCCUUUUCUGGUAUUAUUUUGUAUGUAUCGCGCUUCUUGCCUUCGUCCUGCACCGCAAGUCUUCUCUGGUUUCCUCGCCUCUUUCCGCCGCGCUCCAUACGUUGGUCUUAAUCGGAGGAUGAUGGCAUCGUCAAACUGUCCCGCGGGUGCGGUUGACUUACGGCCAGUGUUCUUUUUCGACAUCGAUAAUUGUCUCUAUUCCAAAGCAUGCAACAUCCACGAGGAGAUGGAGAAACUUAUCAACAAGUUCUUCGUCAAGCACCUGUCCCUCGAACCACAAGACGCCCAAAUGCUUCACCGGAAAUACUACACAGAAUACGGUCUCGCGAUUGAAGGUCUCACGCGCCAUCACAAGAUUGAUCCCCUCGAGUUCAACCGCGAAGUUGAUGAUGCCCUACCGUUGGACGAUAUUCUCAAACCAGCUCCGCAGCUGCGAAAGAUGCUCGAGGAUAUCGACCGGAGCAAAGUGAGGCUCUGGCUUCUCACCAACGCAUACGUCAACCAUGCCAAACGGGUAGUCAAAUUGCUACAAGUGGAUGAUCUUUUCGAAGGAGUGACAUACUGUGAUUACAGCAAAAUGCCAUUGAUUUGCAAACCAAGCCAGGAUAUGUACGAGAAGGCAGAGAUCGAGGCGGGCGUUCCGAGCUCGGCGCAGUGCUACUUUGUCGAUGACUCCCACUUGAACUGCAAACAUGCCGAGGCUCGCGGUUGGAAUACCGUUCAUUUGGUUGAGCCUGGCCUGCCGAUACCACGGAUUCCGGCAUGCAAAUAUAUCGUGCAUAAUCUCGACCAUCUGCGCGUUCACUUCCCUUAUCUAUUCAAGCAGACUAAUGGCACCCAAACCGGGUAGUCUCUGCUUAUAGAAUGCACAUUGUAGAUUGUUUGUCAAAUAGAAUAUACGAUACGACUGUAUGAACGUUACUUGUCACUUGUUUUUUGAUAUCCUCACCCUUUUCUACUAUGCAUCUCUUUUCCUGUUGGUGAUAAGAGACAGAAGUUCUACAUUCUGGUUCGCUUGUUGCCGUAUCCAAAGUGUUCAGUUAAUAUGGGAGAAGCACAAAAGCGCCCAAUGUUGAGGAAGUAUACGAGGUAGUCACCUAUGGGAUAAUUAAAUUCAUUAAUCAUGGG